AUGCCGACUCCCACUCCUAAACCUCCUAAUGGCUCUGCUCAAACACCUAUAACACCCAGCGUGCAUAUUCCCAAGACAGUUGCUUGUACAAUAGACGUUUGUGACUAUAUCAACAAGAUUGGCUUCAGCCCAAAAGAAUUUAUGGUGACCUUUUUCUCUUCGACUCACGAAGAAUUGAAUUCCCGCCAACGUUUCAUGAAGAUUGGCUUGGGAAUCAAGACCACCCGGUCAAUUGUCAAGAAUCUUGGCAAUCUGACUAGGACCAGCGAUGUAGGCGAAGAAGGCUGGGAGAAAAUAAUCUUGGAAGAGGCCUCUGCAAUUGUGAAUCAGCAGGAAGUCAUGAGGGGUUAUUUUCCCGCAGGAGCUUUCACGAGUUCGAACCGCAUCACACCUGACUACUUCGGUGAAGGUGCAGCGGAGCAUCGUGCCAAACAAAUCCAGACUGGGAUGCCCUUCCUUCAUUCCCUAAUACGAAGCAAGCUCUCCCUUAGCAUGAAGAACAAGAAGCCGACCGACGACAAAGAGGAUGAACAUGUCGAGGCGGCGCACCCCUUGCAGUCCCAGGCUAGCACUCCACCUGGUGACAACCCCAAUUCCGGGGAGAGCGGGAUCGAAGGGGCGUUGGAUGAGGACACCGUCUUGUCCCUCGAGAACCUGGUUUUCGUGAAACCAAAUGCGGCAAGCCUGGCCGGGCAUAAAAUCGAAACAGCGAAAUGCGCGGACGAGGCGGCUAGCAUCGCCACAUUUUUGGACGCCAUGGACUCUGCGGACCGCAAGCCAGUGGAAGUUGGUUUGUUUGCGCCGUCCCCUUCAGACAUGGAACACUGGGUCUUAGUUAUCAAAUCACAACUCGCCCAAGCACUAUUGGAAUUCUCGAGUCACCUACCUGGAGUCCCCGAGGCCAACAAGCUACCAAAGCUGUCAUGUCGACCACCACCUAUAGACCAAAUUGCAUUGCACAAGCCGAACAUACACUUUCUCCGUAUGAUGGAUGCGCCUGACUCGUCUGCCGAUGGGGUUUCACGAGUUCUAGACGCAGUAAUGGGCCAAACCGGUGUCGACAAAGACGAGUAUGCCAAGAGGGUGUUAAUCGCGGCGGGAGACGUUGGCUCGAACCAGCUACUUGAAAGCUUGCGAGUUAAGCGCUAUCCACCGGUGAAAGCACUUGAGGGCAUUGAUUGGGUCCUGUCUAUCUUUGGUGGUGCGCAUACCAAUUGGAAUUUUGCGAAGGCCAUAUGGGGUCUUCAUUGGGGUGAUUCUGGGAAUGGACAUGAUUCCGGGGUGUGGCGAUCAGCUCAUGCCUUAGGUGGUGAGUACAAGAAGCCACCGCAAUCGCAAGAUUUCAACAGCAUCAUGCGAUCUUUGCAAAUCGUUCAUAAAGCAACCCUGGUGUUUAUUCUCAAACAGGUGAUCGAGGCUGAAGAACACGUCAACUGGACCGAAGAGGCAGAUAUUCUACGAAUAUUUGAUAAGGGACAUGGGACGGACAUUGAACGCCUCACGUAUCGCUUUUCGAACAACAUUCCAUUGAAAUCGUUUUGUCCACAGCUACGAAUGCUCAUGCAGCUACUCAGAUCCCUAUCCGGUCACAAGAUGGUCUACCAGCCCAACCCAAACACAAUCACUGACGCCUCGAUGAAGGCGUUUCUCAGCUAUGCUCAGGAACAUUUAGGCAAUAAAUCUACCGCGCGGCCCCCCCCAAUGACCGUUAACGUUUGGCGCGAGGGACAUGAGCAUAUGGUUGGAUUGAUUAAUGCCGAUAAAGCGGCUGGUCGAUCGUCUCGAUUUCGGUGGGGCGCGUCUGAUGUGUUGUCUUCGUGGGAAAACCCUGAGGCCCAGGGCGAGGACUGA